GCUAGAAGAAGAGCGAAGCAGAUGCACAAGCAAGAGUUGUUGUAUGCUCAUUCUGAAUUUUCCAAUUCAAGUUACUCUUAAGUCCUGAUUGAGGGAUAUUUUGUUCAACACUCAUAUCUUCUGCACCACAUCUCCAUCAUUCACCCCUGCAGUGAAACCACCACCUCUGCAAUUUACCAAUAAAUGCUGUUAUUAUUUCCAUCAUCCUACAAGUGAAGAAGGUGGUUUAUAAAGAGGAAGAACUCCAAGUGUAACAACUGAAUUCUACUGACAUAUUAUUGCAGAAAUGAAGACUGUUAAAGAGGAGAGUGAAGACAUCAGUAUUACGGAACCAUGCAGAAUGAAACAUGAACAUACUGAGGAACAAAGAGACUUGAAAGAAGUGAAAGAGGAAAAUGAAGAACUGAAUGACAUGGACGAGAAACAUCAGUAUAGAAAGAUUGAGAAUAUCAUCGCUGGUGAAGGAUCCUUUAGUGGCUCAAAGACUGAAAAUGAUUUCUCACAGAAAAGAACUCCAAGAACAAGAGACAAAAAAUAUUUUGCUUGCUCUCACUGUGCAAAGAGUUUUGCACGAAAUGGAGACCUGAAUUCUCACUUAAGAAUUCACACUGGAGAGAAGCCUUUCACAUGCCCCCAAUGUGGAAACAAUUUCUUAUAUAAAAGAAACCUUAAGACUCACAUGAAAAUCCACACUGGAGAGAAGCCCUUCACCUGCCUUCAGUGUGGUAAGUGUUUUACAUAUAAAGGAGAUCUUAAGCGUCACAUGAGAAUUCACACUGGAGAGAAGCCUUUCACAUGCUCUCACUGUGGAAAGAGUUUCACACAAGCAAGAAAUCUCACACUUCAUCUGCGCUAUCACUAUGGAAUAAAGCCGUUUAACUGUAAUCAGUGUGGGAAGACUUAUACGUGUGCAUCACAACUAAAGUUACACCAGAUAACUCAUGCACACGAGAAGCCUUGCGUGUGUUCAUUUUGUGGAAAGAGUUUCAUUACAUCAGGACAUCUGAAAUCACAUGAGAGAGUACAUACUGGAGAGAAGCCAUUCCACUGUACUUCAUGUGGGAAAAGUUUCAGCCAAUUAAGUAAUCUACAGAUACAUAUAAAAAAGCAUUGUCCAAAGUUGGCAAAGUGAGCAAAUUUAAUUUCAGGAGCAAUACUUUCUUUUGUGUUGUAACUAGAGCUGUCAGAAUUAAUGCAUUUAAGGGGUAAUGACAUGAGGAAUCAAAUUCUUGAUCUUAAGAGGUCAUUGUUAUAUAAAAACAUACUGUAAGUUUCAGAACCCAAAACUUCCUCAAUGCAAAAAGAGCAUUUGUUGAAACCAAGCUACCAAAACGACUCAUUCUCUGCUUCCUUUACAUUUGCAUCUGACCACCUCCACAACAACACAUCAAUGCCUACUUUACCUUUAAUAAUUUCCGAAGCUCUUCCUAGUAGCAGUGAGCAGUGAGAUGGCAAGUUGAGAGAGCAGGUCAGUCAAGAGCAGAGAGCCAAUCAGAAAAGUGGGCGUUAACUGUCAAACCUUAAAGGUAAAGCAGCACCAAAACUGAGGGUUUCAGAUGGUCAGAACGAGGGUGGAAAAUGGUCAUUCUACUUCACUAAUAUUAAAGUGAACCUCAAGGAACAAAUUAAGACAAAAAAGGGAUAUCAUGACCCUUUUAAUGCAUAUGAUUAAUUUGAAAUGUCGAAAGCGUUAAUUAUACAUAAAGUUUUUUACAUAUUUGUGAAUAUGUAAUGUACAUUCUGUAUUCAAAGUGGACUGCAACAGCCAGCUGGCUGAUUAAAAGAAUAGUACACCCAAAAAUGUUAAUUCUCUUAUUUACUCACCCUCCUGCCAUCUCAGAUUUGUAUGACUUUUUUUUUUUUUUUUUUCUGCUGAACACAAAUGAAGAUUUUUAGAAGAAUAUCUCCGCUCUGUGGAUCCAUACAAUGCAAGUGAAUGGUGGCCAGAACUUUGAAGAAAUUUUAAGUUAUCCAUUGAAGUCUCUUAGCAUGCUCGAUUACACUUCCUAGUGCUUGACGCAUGAGCAAAGCGCUAGAUGGUGCUACUGGAAGUGUAAUCAAGCUUGAAAUCACGAUCGCCAAGGAGAAUGCAGUCAAGAUUUAUAGUGAAAAAGUAGUUAUUUUUGGUUUGAUCUCACCCAAAACUGAUUGGAUCGCUUCAGAAGACAUUUAUUAAAUCAUUGGAGUCCUAUUUAUUUAUUUUAUGCUGCCUUUAUGUGAUAUUUGGACCUUCAGAGUUCUGAUCACCACUCACUGGCAUUGUAUGGACAUACAGAGCUGAGAUAGUCUUCUAAAAAUCUUUGUUUGUGUUCAGCAGAAGAAAGAAAGUCAUACACAUCUGAGAUGGCAUGAAGGUGAGUAAAUGAUGAGAGAAUUUUCAUUUUUGGGUGAACUAUCCCUUUAAUAUUGUGGAGGAUGUGACCUUUUCAGACCUGUAGACCAUUUGCUUUGUUCCUAAAUGGGGACUAAAUUGUUACAAUGUUGCAUUUUCUUCUUGGUUUCGCUUUCACAAGGCAACAUUUCAAAACGGACCAAAACUAUGUCAAUAAAAGUUACAUGUGAGCAAGCUGUCCCCUUAUUGGUCACUAUGUUUGUUCGCUGUUCCAGGAUUAAGCUCAUCCAUUGAUAUACCGUUAAAAUUAUAUGCCUGUAAAAAAAAAAUGUCAACCAUUACAAAUUUUAGAGAAUUUGACCAUCACCAGUUAGAGGUGCUCCAAAUACAAAUUCUGUCAUUCGGAUGGAUAUGAGUUGUAAAGUUUCCGUCAUGGUUUUUUUAUCCGUCAUUAGUUGCUUUUGCAUUAUUUCUCCAUUGAAACGUGCCUGUACUUACAGAUCUCUCUCUCCCUCUCUCGCACAUACACACAUGCACACACACAAACAGCAGAGUAAAGCCGCGUAAAAAAAAUGUAUUUGUCAAGUUGCUAACGCCGUCCUAUCCAUGUUCUGCUGCUAUCCAAAAGAGAGAAACGAUCGUACUAAAUUUACCUCAGGAAUUAUAAAACAGCUCCUAUUUUAAACAUACAAUUAUGUAUAUCUAAUAUAGUUGCAAGAAGGCUAUAUCCACAUUUUGAUGAUGAAUUACAGAGAAGUGCUGAUCUACAGAUGUCUUCUCCAAAGAUCCCUCAGUUAUGUUAAUGGUUUUUAUAGGGAUAUUAUUUGGUUCGUUGGUCUCCUGGGUCGACUUGCAUUCUCACCACAAGCGAACCAAUCCAGAGUUAGUUUGCUAUUGGUCGUGGAUCAGAGUGCGGUUGCUGUGUGAGCCAGGUGUGAAAACGCCCUUAAUGGGAGUUACAAUGUAUAUUCAACCUGUGAGGACUUGCUCUUUCAAUUAGUCAACCUCCCACUUACAGGAGACUUUGGGAAAUGUUUAAUGUUACUUGCAUUGGUGCUAUUUUAGUGUAUUUCUAUCUUUUAUUCUGUGGAAGGCUUUGUUUGGAAAACAUUAAUAAAGCAUUAUUGUUACAUACUGUUUCAUUUUCUUUUUUUAAGAAGGGAAUAAAUGCAU